GUAGGAAUAUGUUAGUGGGAUUUUGAUGUUGUAUAAGAGUAAGAGUGGGAUUAUAGUUGAGGAAACGGACAUCAUAGAAGGAAGGGAAACAUGGGUUGUGACACGUCAUCACUGGCAGCUGGAACAUGGAACUUAUGAUUUUCUACUCCCCGACAAGGACACAUUCACACACACACACUCGCAGGUCACCACCCUCCACUCACACACUCACACUCCUUACCUCACUCCAAUGACUCCAACUCAAUUUCCCUCUUCAAUACAAAACCCCACUCUCACGAGAAAAAUGUUUUUCACACCCUAACCCUUCCACAAACACUACUACCCCGUGCACUAUAAAUACCCUUUACCCUAUACCCUUUCAUCUCGUUUUCUUCUCCGUUUUCUCCAUCCUUCCACUCUCUCUUCGCUCCGGUUACCCUAAACACAUCUUUCCUCUCCCUUCCCGCCAAAACCUCCCCUCUCAUCUCCACCAAGCCUUCAAGGUUCGCCCUUCAAUUCUUGAACCUUCUUUUUCACUAUCUUCUUCACUCACUCACUCACUCACGCUUACCCCGUGUGUGUGUGUGUGUUAGAUCCUUCCACCAAAAGCGGAGUGAGAUUUCAUUUGAAGCGUAUCCAAGGUUGGCCAUAUUCUCUUCUCUCUCUCUCUCUUGGAAUAUAUCUCCAGAAGAAAAGCAAAAGUUUGUUAGUUGUUACCCAUAAACAUCUCGGUUUCUUUCUGCAUCACCAACACCAAAAGUUUUCAAACGUCUCAAUUCCCCCAGCAUAUACAUCUACUUGUCCACUUUUCCCCCAUACCCUCUAAAUUCUUUCGCCCUUUAAACCCACCCUUCAUGCACUCCACCACCACACCACAACUUUCCCUCUUCCACCUCUUACUCUCACACUCACUCAAAAAUAAACAACCUUGACACAAAAACACACUCCUCACCCUUCAAUUCUUCACUUUCUUCCAUCUCUCUCUCAAUCCUUUAGACAUGUCCGUACACUCAACACUGAACCUCCACCCCAUCAACCCCGCCACUCCAAAUUCCAAUUUUGAUGAUAACCCACCAUGCAAAACCAAGACCAAAACCCAAAGGAGGCUCCUUCGGAUCAUAAUCACCGACCACGACGCCACUGAUUCUGACUCCGACGACGAACAACGACAAAACAAUCCAACAACGAGGAAAGUGAAGAGAGAAAUUACCCAAAUCAGCAUGCACCUUCCUCUCCCGGACAACUCCCUUUCUUCUUGUUCGUAUUCUUCUGGUUUAGCUUCUGCUUCCUCUUGUUCCUCCGAACAAGUCUCAAAGUGCAGAAGGCCCAAAAAACCUCCACCACCCUCCGAAGCGGCCCGCCGCCGCAGCAAGUUCCGCGGCGUCCGUCAGCGGCCGUGGGGGCGAUGGGCCGCCGAGAUCCGCGACCCGACCCGCCGGAAACGCCUCUGGCUCGGAACCUUCGACACGGCGGAGGAAGCCGCCACAGAGUACGACAAAGCCGCCGUCAAACUCAAGGGUCCCAACGCCGUCACCAAUUUCCCCCUCACAAGGCCGCCCCCGGUGGAGUCUCCUUUCGCCGCCAUCGACAGCCUCAGCACCGACGGCGGCGCGUCGUACUCCGACUUGGUGGCCUCGCCGACGUCCGUUUUGACCUACGACUGCGACUCGACGCCGUUCGACAGUUACCAUUACGGCGACGUGGACGCGCUCGGGUUCCACAUCGACGCGCCGUUAAGUCUGGCGGACGUUGACGUCUCGCUUACGUGUCAUCCAUAUAAGGAGGAGGAAGAGGCGUUCGAUGAAUUCGAUCUCGACGAGUUCAUGAAGUGGCCUUACUAAAAAUCUCAGGGACAGUUUGGUAAUUGUGCGGUGUUUGCCCAUUGAUGCAGUGUGGAAGUUGAAAUUCCUAAUGUGCCCCUCUCGGUGUUGGAGUUUGAAAUUUUGUCGUACUCAUUGGAUCUUUGGAAGAGUGUAGAGUUGUAGUCCCAUUCUACUACCACCUGAAACGGCGAUUCUUUAUGUCGUAUUUGGCAGAAUUUAAUUUGUAAUUAUCAUGAAAAGUUAAAAAAAAAUUAAGUGUCAAAAGCAGUGAUUGAGAAGCAGAUCAGCCAAGCAAGGAUUAUAUUGUAAUUGGUAUAUAAAUUUUGAUAAUUAUUUAAAGAGAUUUUGAUAUUAUCUAUAUAGAAUGAUGGGUUAGUGCAAAAGGGACACAUUGAUAAAAUUUGGCUGCUGAAUCCCAGCCAUCAAUGUUCAUAUUUGAAUCAUUCUAUUUCCACCAUAAGAUAUUUUUAAUUUAUUUAUUAUUUCUUUGUUUGGUUUAAUUGAUAUGGUGCUUUAUGAGUUAUUUAUUUGCAUGCUUUGACGAAAUUAGUAGCUGAUGGCUCUUUUGGACAGCACAAAAAUCACAUCAAUCUCUUAUUAUUAGUGUUGUUUAAAUAAAAUGCUUUAUAAUAAGAUUCUUGCAAGUGGGACUCUUGUGUGAUUUAUGAAGUACACGACUUUGAUUUACCUAGCUAAAGAAUAAAUAUUAAAAUGCAUAUUCUGAAAAUAAUUGACUUGAAAAGAGAAAAAAAAAGUCCUGAACAACUAUUCGAACUUCGUGUCUGGUACAUGUUUUUAAAGGGUUAAUACAAUUUGUAGGAUAAUCAUAUAAUAUUCUCAUCUAAUAGCGAAUUCAGAAACAUGAAUCAUUCAUUAUACCAUAGAACAAAAGAAUGUUUUAUACCACGAGUCUUACAUGUUUUUUAAUCCUUAAAAUUCUCCAAAUUGUAUGGUUAUUAUGUUGUACGAAGAACCUUUUCUAUAAUUAGUAUUUGCAUUGCUGAAAUGGGAAUGGUUUUGUUAUAGUUACCCAACAAAA